AUGGCCUCGGGUUCUCACAGCAAUACAGAUAAUACAGAUGACUCAGGAGUUCGUUAUUUUCCUUAUCGCGUCACGCGUUCCCAGUCUCGACAAUCUAGUCAACAGUCUAGUCGACAAUCUAGUCAACAGUCUAGUCGACAGUCUAGUCAACUUAUCUCUCAGCCUAGUGACUCUAGUCAACUUUCUUCCCUGUCUAGUCAACUUACUCUCCAGCCUACACGAGAGAAAAGGCUUCACUUAUCAUCCGCGGCUAUUAAUUCAGCAAGAGAAAAAUUGCUCACAUUCCAAAAAGCCCGAGAAGAAGGGGAAGAAGUGGAGGAAGAGGAAGAAGAAGGAUAUACAGGAUCGAGGGAAAUAGUUAUAAAAGAAAAUGUGUCUCUUGAAAAAUAUCUCCAAUAUCGUGAAAAUAAUGCGAUUUCUUCAGUUCGCAUGUAUCUAUAUAACGGGUAUAUCAAAAUAUAUGAAGUACCUUCCUUUGCUCAUUCAGCAGCAAUAGGACGUAUUACAGGAUUGAUGAAUAGAUGGAAUGACCAGGAUUUGGAGUAUGGUACUGACGCAACCAUGAUUCUGGGUCAAAACGCUGCAAAGGAACCUGAUAGUUGGGUCCGACCAGCACAUCGUCCCGACCCACCAGCUGGAUCGGGUCAGGGUGCAAAUGACAAGGAUAUAGCAUAUCCAACAAUGAUGAUUGAGGUUGGUUUUUCUCAGAGUCUUCCUGACCUUCAUCGAACAGCCGCUCUCUACUUUAACCCACGAACCACAAUCCAGAUUGUAUUAGCCAUCAAGAUAUUUGGAGAACGUGUAGACCCUAAUACGAAUACUAGUACUGUUGCACUAAUUGCUGCAUUGUACCUUCGUACAAGCGCAACUCCGCUGAUUCCAACUAGUGUCAUUUCUUUUGGGACAGCAAACCCUGACACAAAUACUGUAAACUAUAUUAUUAAUCAAAUGGGUGUUCCUCCUGGUAGCUUUAUUGGUGUUGGGCGUCCUGAUCCUAAUAACAAUAAUAAUAACUUUCCUCCUUGCAAUGCAGCCAAUCUUCCCGUUUAUCAAAUGAAUAUUCCUGGACCAGAAUUAUUUAACGGAGUUCCAGCACACUUACUUCCCGCAGGGUUUCCUAUUGCACCAAACACACCUCCUGCAGGGUUUGCUGCUGGAUUUAAUCUGGAUCUCUGGGAAGUUCAAAGAACAAUACGACGUAAUCUUUGCAUGUAA